CAGUGGAGAUGUGACUGUGUGCUGCACUGGCUGCGAGCCUGGAUCAUUCAGGAGGGACACCGGCUGCUGCUGGGCAAGAGGAUCCUGUGCGCCGAGCCCCCGCGCCUGGCCGGCCAGAGCCUGCUGGACAUCCCCGGGAAUAGCCUGGUCUGCAUCCCUCCGGCCGUGCGGCUGGAUCGCGGCGAGGGGUUGGUGGUCAGCCGCCCGGGUGACGACCUGCGUGUGGUGUGCCGAGCGUCCGGCUACCCGCAGCCGGCGGUGGGCUGGAGGAAGGUGGGGGGUGGGGGCGGGGGGGCAGCGGUGGGGGGGCUCCGAGCGGGGGCGGGGUCGGUGGGCGGGGCCUGGGGGGCCGGGGCCUGGGCCUCGGGCGAUCCCGGGACGCUGACCCUCCGCAACCUGACGGCCUCGCAGGCCGGGCGCUACGAGUGCGAGGCCCGCAACCCCGGCGGGAGGGCCGCUGCCGCCUUCGAGCUGUCGGUCAACCUGUCCGGGUCCGGGGGUCGGGGCCUGGGCCUGGGCCUGGGGUCACUCCUCCCUCUCCCUCCGGGGGGGCGGCGGCCGGGCCCGGGCCUGAGCCAGGAGCCGCUGUACGAGAGCGUCGACAGCCUGGACUUCACCGCCCUAGGCACGGCCACCCAGACCGGCAUCGCCGCCGGCAUCUCGCUGCUGGCCCUGACCGCCCUGCUGCUGCUGGCGGUGAUCUGCCGGCGGCGGGGUAAGCGGGGGGAGGUGCGUGGGGAGGAGGCGGAGGAGAGGGCCGCCGGGAUGGCGGAGGAGGAGGAGCAGCGCGGCCUUUACCUCCACGACUACUCGGACGGGCCCACCACCUUCGCCCAGCUGGAGGAGUACGGCGACGCCGCCGGGCACCAGAUGCUGGUCCUCGACCGGACCAAGCGGGACUUCCGCACCUACAAGGACACGGAGACGGAGACGGCGGCCGAGCUGGGCCGGCUGCUGCAGGCCGGGCCCCUCCAGGACCAGGCCACCCAGACGGCCGAGGCCGAGGAGGAGGCCGAGGCCCACGGGGAGGUGUUGGGGAACCGCGGCGCCGGGUUCCAGCAGGAGAUCAAGUACGAAAUCCACUGCUGAAAGGGAGGAGGAGGAGGAGCCACACCGAGGGAGUGCCGCACUGUCGGAGGUGCCGUCUUUCGGGUGGGAUGUUAAACUGAGGCGCCCCCCCAACCCCGGCGGAUGUCAAGGGGUCCCCAUGGUUGCCGUUCAAAGAACUAUCUCUCCCCUGGACAACAUUUAUCGCUCCAUCUUUCGGAUUUGUCUGGUCAUUGAUCACAUUGCUGUGUAUGGGAACUUGCUGUGCACAAAUUGGCUGCCACGUUCCACAGGUGACCACGCCUGAGAAGCACUCGAUUGGGCAGCGAGGGGUCCAUAGCGGAUAUCUCCAGGUGGUGAACGGCGCUACGUAAACGUGCGCCUUUUAGUUUUUGUUUGUGUCUUGGGGAGGCGGCAGUCAUGACCCCGUCACUCUCACCAUGCUUGGACCCCACCCCGGAGCAGGUCAGGGGGACACCCAAGAGGGAAGGAGUGGUCGAGAAAAGAAAAGCAAGAGUUUAUAGUUGAAAUUAUGAGAGAUGGGGUGGGAGAAUACUUAAGAAAAUGCCGGAAUUAAAACGGGUUGGGAAGCAGGGCAGGAAGGUAUUGGGAUAAAGCAGGAAGUGUGGGAGACAGACAGAUAGCAGUGGGAGAGUGUGACGGUCACAGUUUGACAAUGAAGGAAGUGUGUGAAUAUAUCCCUGGAUGCACACAUUUGUUUUCCGGUUUGGUUUAUUCGUUCCCUGGGUCUGGGCAUCACCGGAGAUUCCGGCAUUUCUUCCCCGUUCCUGGGACACUGGCCUAGGACAGGCUGAAGCAGCAGGAGGGCUGGAUCAGAGGGAGCAGCUUAAUUCGGAGGGAAGUUGGUGAAUCAGGCUGCUGAGGUACUGAAGUCAGGCAGGGGGAAGGAUGUUAGUGUGGAAAUGGGAUCUGAUCCUUACACAGUACUUCAAAUUGUAAACUCCUUCCCGACGUUGGGGCAUUGACUCUCCGGAGAUGAGGGAGAUCCCAGGCACAAUCACUAAUAUCUGCUGGGUUCAUUGGUGGAGUGCAGGUUAAGGUGCCAUCACUGACAUUGGGUGCAGGGUCCCUGCUCCUGGUUACAAUCACUAAACUUGGCCAGAAAGUGUGAGCAGAGGGACAACUAUAUCAUCUGCUCCCCCAAAGCUCCAGUGAACCAUUGACCCUUCACAUGAUAAACCCAUGUUGGGGGGUAGCGGAGGGGGGUGGGGUAAUGAUGAGUGGGAGGGCUAUUAAGGUCUGAGGGACAGUUGAUCAGGAGGGUAGGGUUGAGGAGGGGAGGGGAGAGGUGGGGAGUUCAAGAAAAGGAAGAGAUUAUGUUUAUGAGUAUUUUAUGAAAUGUUGUGCAGAAACCUCCCCCUCCCCCCUCUCCCCUCCAUUCCUUCCACCUCACCAUCUCCUCCUCUCCCCUUCCCCUCCCCUC